AUGCUGCGAUCGCCGCUGAUCGCCACCGGCGAAGUAAAGGACGCGUCGUUGCCGGCGUUGUGCUUGCUUCGCGCACUGCACGCUCUGGCUCGCCACUGGCACACGCUCUACCGCGCCGCCUGCCUGCCAGACCAUCGUCCACUCGUGCCAAACUCAGAGUUCAUCAACGCCAAGCUCGCUGCGAAGGCUAAUCGACAGUUGCAAGAUCCACUAGUCAUAAUGACGGGGAACCUGCCCCCAUGGUUAAGGAAAAUAGCAUAUGCUUGCCCGUUCGUGCUGCCGUUCGAGUGCCGCCACCUGCUGUUCUACGUGGUGUCGUUCGACCGGGACCGGGCGCUGCAGCGGCUGCUGGAGGCGGGCGGGGAGCGGGGCGCGGCGGCGGCAGACGAGAGGGUCGCGCCGCGGCUCGACAGGCGCAAGCGCACCGUGCAGCGGCACAGCGUGCUUCGCCAGGCGGAGCACGUGAUGCACGAGUUCGCGCACACGAAGGCGCUGCUCGAGAUACAGUACGAGAACGAGGUCGGCACCGGCCUCGGGCCCACGCUCGAGUUCUACGCGCUAGUCUCGCAGGAGCUGCAGCGCGCCGACCUCGACCUGUGGCACGGCAGCGAGAACUUCAAACAGAAGCCCGCCUCGUUCGGCGGCGAGAUAGUGAAGAGCCAGCCGCCCGUGGUGACGGACCGCUCGUCGUCGGACGCGGCCGCGCGGCUCGCGUCGUCCGUGCGCGACGCGCUCAGCCUGGACGAGGAGCGCCCCCCUCACCCGCCGCAGCCGUCCGAGCACGAGAAGGAGACGUCCGUGCCGUCGGCCGCGCCGGACGCCGCGUACGUGUCGUGGCCGUGCGGCCUGUUCCCGCAGGCGGUCGGCCGCAACGCCAGGGCGUCGCACCUCUCGCGCGUCAAGGCCAAGUUCCGCUUCCUCGGCAAGUUCAUGGCCAAAGCGGUCAUGGACUCUAGGAUGGUGGACAUCCCGCUCUCGGUGUCGAUGUACCGCUGGCUAGUGAGCGAGCAGCGGUGGCUGGGGCUGAGCGACGUGCGCCACGUGGCGCCCGAGCUGUGGCGCUCGCUGUGCCGGCUGCGCCGUGUAGCCGAGCGGGCGCGCCACAUCGCUGCAGACGCCCGACACACGCCCGAACAGCGCGCGCAUUUGAUAAAUGCAUUGGAACUAGAUGGAUGCCCCAUCGAGGAGUUGGGGCUGGACUUUAUUCUGCCGGGCGACGGAUGUACCGAGUUGCGACGCGGCGGCCGAGACUUGCCAGUCACCGCUCAUAACCUGCAUAAUUACAUUUCGCUUGUUACCCAUUGGCUCUUAUAUGAGGGUGUGGUGAAACAGAUGGAGGCUUUUAGAGAAGGAUUUGAAUCAGUAUUCCCAUUAGCUAAUCUCAAGAUAUUUUAUCCUGAGGAGUUGGAGCAGGUAUUCUGCGGUAGUCCAUCAGGUGGUCGCGACCAACGCUGGGACCCGCGCAUGCUCGCCGAGUGCAUCCGGCCCGACCACGGCUACAACGCCGAAUCGCGCGCCAUUCGCAUGCUCGUUGACAUUCUCGCCUCGUACAGCCGCGAGGAGCAGCGGCUGUUCCUACAGUUCGUCACGGGCAGCCCCCGUCUGCCCACCGGAGGUUUCAAGGCGUUGAACCCACCACUGACGGUGGUUCGCAAGUCGCUUGAGUCUUCCCUUGACCCCGACGAGUAUCUGCCGUCGGUGAUGACAUGUGUCAACUACCUCAAGCUGCCUGACUAUAGCAGUGCUGAGGUGAUGCGCGCCAAAUUGCGCCUGGCUGCCUCGGAAGGACAGCAUUCUUUCCACUUGUCG